CGCAAGAAGAAGCUCGGGGCGGACCACCCCUCCACGCUGACCAGCAUGGCCAAUCUUGCUUUCACAUGGAAGGGACAAGGCCGGGAAGCAGAAGCUUUAGAUAUCAUAAAGGAGUGUGUACACCAAUGCCGCCGCGUUUUAGGUGCCGAUCAUCCCUAUUACUUCUCUUCCUUAAACAUGCUGGCUGAUUGA